ACGAGAGGCCUGCCUUUCCUUCCAUUCAGCGUCUGGGGACGUGAUCACAGGGUAAACACCCAUCCUGGUUAUCUUAUUGCCCUUGGUGUUCAUCUACAUAGUCGAUCCGAACUAGAAGAGGAAGUCGGCCCCGUUCCUAUUUACCUCACGAGUUCCGCGAGUCCUGGUUUGUAAGCAUGCUUAUGUAGGUUGAUGUGAGUCCGAGAUGAAGGAAGGAUGAGCUACGAGGAAAGAAAUAGAUCAGAAGCCAUUCAAGGGAACACUUCAACCUGGUCUCGACGGUCUCAUCUUGGAUCCAGACGAGCCGGUGUGGCCAGUGGGGAAAGAGGACCGCUGUUGGGAAUGAGAUCGAGCGAGUAUGACCCCAUUCACCCCCCGACCACAUAUCAAGUCUGUCUCCAGCAAUACUCCAAAUUUCGCACGUCGAUCCUCGUUCUCGCUGCGUUGGCGCUACUGACAUUGCUGGUACUGGUGACGGUCUUGGCCACGAAGUCACCCGGAAAGGCGACCGAUAAUCCCAUCCAGACCCUUCUUCUUCUACCAUCUCAACCUCUUCCAGGUCCGGACGCAGGUGAUGAGAAGCCGGUGCCAGACGUGGACGAGGGAUCCCUAGCAAACGCAUUGGAUUAUGGAGAUAGAGCGAAAAAAGACCUGGAAACCCUUGAAGACACUCUUGCAUCAAAAGGCCUCGUCUUGGAUAAGGAUACGGCUGCCGGGGAACAUGUGACGUUCCUAGGAACAAGAAACAAGUCGAUGGAGAUGGCCAAGCAAGGUUAUGCUCUCCUCAAGGCCACCCUCAAAGUCGCUUCCGAUUUGGGCUUGAAUAAUAGUGGGAGCAAGGAUCUGGCAUGGGAAAAGUUGCCAGACCUUCGUCCGAUCGCCGUCUGUGAUGACAUAUUCGUCCCUCGAUGCAAUGCCAGCUACCUCUAUCGCUCCAUAAACGGAUCUUGCAAUAAUUUGGAUUUUCCCGAUUUGGGUUCCUCUUUCACGCCGUACAGGCGCGUCCUUCGACCCGACUACUCCGACGGUGUGGACGGUCCGAGGAAGUCGACGACGGGAGACGAAUUGCCGAGUCCGAGGCAGAUCAGCAUGAUCUUGCAUCCGAACGUAGAUCGACCUUCCAAGAACAUUUCCCUGCUCUUCGUGCUUUGGGGUCAAUUCCUGGAUCACGACAUCACCGGCGCUGCCCUCACCGUCGGUAAGAACGGGAGUGGAAUCACGUGUUGCUCUCCAGAAGUGAGAAACGAUUCUUCUCUGAGACACCCUGCAUGCUUCCCCAUCCAAGUCCUGCAGGACGAUACCUUCUACGUCCAAAACAACGUCUCGUGCCUCGAGUUCGUUCGAAAUGCCCCCGCUCCAUCCUGUCGCCUCGGUCCUCGGCAGCAGUUCAAUCAGCAGACGGCUUUCAUCGAUGGCUCUAUGAUCUACGGGGCGUCAGAGGAAGAGAAUAGAUCCAUUCGAUCGUUUGAGAAAGGUGAAAUGUCUACGGGGAACUCCAGCGAGUCGGGGCCUCUUCUGCCGCCGUCUUUAUCCCCCGACGACGGAUGCAACGUGCCAGACGAAAUGGCCCAGAAUCGCUACUGCUUCAAAGCCGGUGACCCUCGAGUGAACCAGAUGACCCAUUUGACGGCGAUGCAUACGGUAUGGCUGAGGCAGCACAAUCGGGUGGCUCAGCAGCUCUCUCUCGUCAACCCUCAUUGGGACGAUGAAAAACUCUUCCAAGAAACGAGGAGGAUCAUCGGGGCUCAGCUUCAACAUAUCACCUAUCAAGAAUUCCUCCCUCUUCUCUUCGGGAAGGAAGCAUACGAUCGGAUGGAGCUUAGACCCCUGGAACAGGGUUACUACGAGGGUUACAAUACAAGUGUGGAUCCGACGAUAGGGAACAGCUUCGCGGCUGCUGCCUACAGAUUCGGCCAUUCCCUCAUCCAGGGUCUGGUCCAGAUGGUGGGGCCGAAGCAAAGGGGCCAAACGGUGAGAUUCAUCCAGCUUCAUGAGCUUUACUUCAAUCCAUUCCCAUUAUACGAGAAAGAAGGAGUGGGUUCUCUCUUUCGAGGACAUUCGACCAUGCCCAGCCAGGAGUCCGAUCGAUUCUACACCGAUCAGGUGACGAAUAAAUUGUUCCAACCGCGGAAUUCCACUCACGGGUUGGACCUAGUGACCAUAAAUAUUCAGAGGGGACGAGAUCACGGAAUCCCGUCUUAUAUCCAAUUCCGACAGAAGUGUGGACUGAAAACCCCAAAACAAUUCUGGGAGAUGUACAACAUCGUGGAACCCGAGGCAAUGCAGAUCUUCCAGAGGUUAUACAGGAACGUGGAUGACAUAGAUUUGUACAGCGGAGGGAUUUUGGAAGUGAAAGGGAAUGGGAGCUUGGUCGGACCCACUUUUGCUUGUCUUCUGGCCGACCAGUUCAUUCGUCUCAAGCAAGGGGAUCGAUUCUUCUAUGAAAACGGACCACAGCACAACCCUUACCCUUUCACCCAAGAACAACUGACGGAGAUAAAGAAGACUACGUUUUCCCGGAUCCUGUGCGACAAUGCAGACUCCUUAGAAGAAGUGCCACUCGAGAGUUUGAUGAUGGGAGGGGCGGGGUUUUCUUGCGGAGAUCCGAGGAUCCCCAGUCCCGAUUGGAGUCGUUGGCAAGAUCCUCUGCGUUCUUCUCUGGAUCUCCUCCAGCUCCCCACAUUCAAUGCCACUGAUUUCCUUCGUUCCUAG